CAUUAGCUUGUCACAAAUAUUAAGUAUCAAUCCGCUGGGUCGUGACCCCCCCUCCUCCCCCCUUCAACAGACAUAUAUGAAACAAGCAUAUGUGUAAAAUUAAUAUGCCCCGCAUAACUUUUUGUUAUUACCCAACAUCAAUGAUAAAGCAAUCGGUACGUUUCAUGAGUCGUUGUGCAAAGACAGUUUUAGUUGCUUUUUAGUUGUCAUGGCAACAUUUUUUGCGUCCAAAAUGGCGUCUUUGCUUGGGGAUAGACUGUUUGAAAUUAGUGGUCAGGGUCCGCCGCCUCAAAAGGAUUUUUUUCAACUUGUCAUUACCAAAAACGAGGUAAUACUAACCUCAUGGAGGAUUUCUUUGCGACUUGAAUGCAGAGGUCUUCCCCCAAAUCAGCAGAAGACAUCUCAUCAGGACUUCCAAAAUGAUAAAACUCUACAGUAUGAAGUCGGUGCUGUUUUUGGGCAAAGGAUCCUGGAUUACACAGCAGCACUGUGCCAAGGAAAGUUUGAUUACCUGGAGCGUUUACCUGAUGACAUCAUGCUCCGAAUCAUGUACUGCCUCGAGCUGAAAGACACGGCACUGCUGGCACAGACGUCACGCAGAUUCAAAACGGUGAGGACAACGCUCUUCAGCUCUGAGAAGUUUUGGGAGCAGACUGUGAGGAACUGCGCUGGGUUUAACAGGGACAUUGAGGACAUAGCCAAUGCCAUGGGCUGGAAGAGCACCUUUCUAACUUUUUUCCACAACAGUGAUGAUAAAAAACAGCAGUAAAAUAUAUAUUUAAAAACAAACCCUUUUAUUAUUGUUGCAAAACAAGUAAAAUCACACUGGCUCAUUAGCAAACUAAAAAAAGACUUCAGUAAUGAAUGAGGGCUUUUGUGUGUGUGUGUGUGUGUGUGUGUGUGUGUGUGUGUGUG